CGCGUCUGGCCCCGCCGCUGCCCUUCACCUUCGCCCGCCCGCCCGCUCCGCCCCUCGCCGCCGCGGAGGCUACGCGAAGCGGGUUGGCCGCCGCUGGGCCCGCUCCCCGCCCCGGGCCGGCCUGCAGCCGCCGCGCCGCCAUGCUGCCUAACACGGGGAAACUAGCAGGAUGCACUCUCUUCAUCACGGGCGCAAGCCGGGGCAUUGGCAAAGCCAUUGCUUUGAAAGCUGCCAAGGAUGGUGCAAACAUUGUGAUAGCUGCCAAGACAGCUGAGCCCCAUCCUACUCUCCCAGGGACUAUCUACACUGCUGCAGCAGAGAUUGAAGCGGCUGGAGGAAAGGCUUUGCCAUGCAUCGUUAAUGUGAGGGAAGAACAGCAAAUUAUUAAUGCUGUGGAGAAAGCUGUGAAGACUUUUGGAGGGAUUGAUAUUUUGGUGAACAAUGCAAGCGCCAUCUCUUUGACCGGCACUUUGGAAACGGAAACGAAGAAAGUCAAUCUUAUGAUGGAUGUCAAUGUACGAGGAACCUACCUUACGUCUAAAACAUGCCUUCCCCACUUGAGGAAAAGCAGGAACCCCCAUAUCCUGAACCUCAGCCCACCUAUGAAUAUGAAUCCUAUGUGGUUCAAAAAUCAUUGUGCUUAUACUAUUUCUAAAUAUGGGAUGUCCAUGUGUGUCUUGGGAAUGGCAGAAGAAUUUAGGGGAGAAGUUGCUGUCAACGCUUUAUGGCCUAAAACAGCCAUACAUACAGCUGCUAUGGAUAUGCUGGGAGGAUCUGGAAUAGAAAAACAGUGCAGGAAAACGGACAUUCUUGCAGAUGCUGCAUAUUGCAUUUUAACAAAGCCAAAAAGUUUCACUGGAAAUUUCAUUAUUGAUGAAGUUCUGCUGAGAGAAGAAGGAGUUAAGGAUUUUGAUGUCUAUGCAAUUGCACCAGGUCACCCCCUGAUGCCUGACUUCUUCUUGGAUGUUGAAGCUGAUACGACAGCCAUGGAACAAGAAAGAUAUGGUGCUUCCCAGGCAUUCAAAGAGGAGAAGAAAUUAUCCCAGCAUGAAGGAGCAGAUGGAGCUAAGGCGAGCACAGAAUCUGCUUCAGCCAAGCCACUGAGUCCUGUUGCAGAAACAUUCAGAGUCAUUCAGGGGGCGAUGAGUGAAGAGUACGUGAGAACUACCCAGGGUGUCUUUCAGUUUGAGUUAUCUGGUGAGGAAGGAGGCACUUGGUAUAUUGACCUGAAAACCAAGGGUGGGAGUGCCGGUUUCGGAAAGCCUCCUGUGACGGCUGACGUGGUUAUGAGCAUGUCGAGUGCCGACUUUGUGAAAAUGUUCACAGGUAAACUAAAGCCAACCCUGGCCUUCAUGUCAGGAAAAUUAAGGAUUAAAGGUAACAUGACACUAGCAAUAAAGCUCGAGAAGAUGCUGUCACAGCUUAACUCUAAACUGUGAGGGGAAACCCUAACUAGCAGAACAGUGGCCUUUCAAACAUAACUGCAAUGCUGUUUUAAAGUGGCAAUCCUCAUUUUUUUCUGAUGCAAUAUAAUAAGUAUGGAUAAAAUGUGAGAUUUUUAGAGAAGAAAUAACUCCAUCAGCUUUAGACAAGAAGGUGUUUGUUUGUGAUUAAACUAAUUCCUUCUCAAGAAUAUG